AUAAAGGCUCAGAGAACGAGAGACGAUAGAGACAUCAUCUGCAGCUGAUUACCAAAAGCUUGUCAAGAUGAAAUCAUUUCUAUUGGUUUUAGCUGUACUGCAGGUUUCCCAAUACUGUGCAGCCAUCCCGAUAUUUGACUUCCUCCCAAUCAUUGAAGAUGCGUUGAGACAAUCCGUUGUCCAACUGAACAGCGACACGAUCGGCGGUUUCCUAUUCACAGCCACCAGUAACGAAUUGCUACACAUUACUCCAGCAGGACCAAAUGAUUUAUCGGUGGAUUUGAGAUUUAAUGCAAUGGAAACCCUCUGUCCAAAAAACAGUGGAAUGCCGAUUGAAAACUGUGUGUUGAAUAGAAACCCAUUAGCUGAAAUGGUUGAAUGCCGCAGCAGUGUUAGCUAUUCAUUGGGAACAGUUGUCGAUGUUUUUCUACGUUGCGUAGAUGCAAGACAGAGAUUUGUGGACAACGACAGUGCAUCAAGCUCCUCUGAGAGUAGUGAGGAGAUCAUAUUCCAGAGGAGGCAACCACGUAUUCAGGACGAGUACUACUCCUCAGUUGACUGGAAUAAUCAGCAGGCUGGUCAACGUGGUAGGAAUGGCACUCCUGCACGAAAGAAAAAUAACCAGAAGCAGAAUGUAAACCAUGGUCUGACAUCCAAGAAGAAUCCACAUCGUAAACAGAAGCCGAACUCUGUAGUUGAAUAAACAGUCAAAAUACACACCUGCUUAUACAUGUACCACGUGCUUUAAACCAAGCAGUGAGAAAACAAAUAAUCUCACUGAAUCUUUCACUCGUGAUUUAAGAAACAUUGCUGUUCAAUUUUGUACAAGUUGAAAGCAACACAAUAAAGCAAGUCAAUGAAAGCA